UUUCUAGGCACAAUCGAACAGUUAGAGAGUACCUGUGUUUUUGAUUCCGAUUUCGGUCUCAUCCUGAACUGUGCCUUCAAAAAGUCCGGCCUCUUUCGGGUGCGGAACUUGGGCGGCAUCAAGGCCCACUUCGGGUUAGGCUUCAGCGUCGGAGAUGAGCUGGGACUGGCCGAAUCGCUCGGUAACGUUGAGGCAAAUAAACGGCGCGCCCUCAACAUUCGCACCGGUGCCAACAACAUUGGCGUCCUGCCCGCUUCAAAAAUGCCGACAUCCUACCCAUCAUUACCCUCCCCCUCGAUCUCCCCUUCGCCGGGUGUUCCAAUCCAGCAAAGUCGGCCGCAGGCGGUAACCGUCCGUUCGUCUGCGUCCAUGCUGCCCAAGGGCAUUGGUGGGCUGCCGAAGAUACCGUCGUCCGUCUCGCCCGUGUACGUGUCGCCGGCGUCCAGCCUGAUGACGAAAGCCACCUCGCUACCGCUCGGCGUGCCUCCCUUCCGACCCAUUCCCAAGCCGACGCCGGAAACGGAACCGGUGAGAUUCGACCCGUCCAUACUCCGCCGAAACUUUGCCCUCAAAACCGCCCAAACUCCCGAUCCUUCCUUCCAGGGUCAACUCAUGAAUCAGACCUCCUCCUUUCACCGGGGCGCCUCUCCAACGCGCAACCCGGGCCCUUCCUUCCCAAACGCUCCCAAUCAGCAGAUUAUCUACAAGGAAGCACCGAACCUGCAGGUCCAGAAGGUGCCCGCCUUCCAGGCAAUGCCCGAGUCGGUGUCCCGCAUCUCGACCGGUCCGGUCGUACAGGUCGAUAAUAAGCUGCAGCCGUCCGUCAUCAAAAAUUCCAUCAUGAGCAUUCCACCGCGCCGACAGAUGACAAAGCCCGGCCCAACGAUUGCCACCGGCAGCACAAGCACGGUGGGCGGUAACGGGGAAGAGAUCGAUCUGAUGGGCCACACGGUGGAGGAGCUGGCGGCGGCUGCCAACGUCAGUGUGGAGGUGAUCAAGGAAGCGAUUCGGGUCCGGCAGCAGGAACUGCGUGCCCAAAAGCAGUACGAAAAGCAGCAGGCUGCUUACGCUCAGGCCCAGUUCUUCGCACAGCAGCAGACGACACCAACAACGACCACCACCACCACGACAACGCCCCGUCCCAGACGGUACCCGACCAAUGCCGGCCACAAGGUUAUGAACGCACCGAAAGAGUACUACCCGGUGGGAUACGACAAGAACUUCGAUGACAACUUCACCUCCAAGGUGGACCUGCCUUACACGACGUUUAACUGCGGCGAGCAGAAACACUUCCCGGGGCUGUACGGCGACGAGGACCUUGGUUGUAUGGUCUUCCACGUAUGCGCCCUGACGGACGAUGGACUGAUCAUGAAAUCGUUCCUCUGCCCGGAGAGCACACUGUUCGACCAGACCGUGCUGAAGUGCAACUGGUGGUUCUACGUCGACUGCAAGAGCAGCAAGAACCUGUACGACUCGAACCUGCCCGUGUCGAAGAGCUACCAGCUGAUGAAGGCGCUGUCGUUCUUCUCCUCCAACUACAAAAACCCGGGCGACUCGUCCGAGGGUGUCGAUGUGGAAGCACUCAAGAACAGCGUCGCCACAGCUGUUGCCGUCGGUGGUUCGGCCCGUUCGCUAGACAGUCUCAGCAGCAACACCAUUGCCGGUUCGACUGGUGAGCGCUUACAGGAUCUGGUGCCAUCCCCAUCCGUAAGCGUACGGGGCACCAACCAAAGCAACAACACGACGGUCACACCAACAUCAAGCAGCAACAGUAACAGCAGCAGCGGCAGCAGUAGCAACAACAAAACAACGGCAUCGACGUAA